GCCCACAUGACCAGGAAUAAUAAGGUUGUAGGCUUGUAGUUAUAGAAACGGAGAGAAUUUCUCUUUUUCUUUCUUUCUUUCUUUCUUAUUGUUCUUCUUCUUCUUCUGCCAUUGAGACUUCGAAAGAGAAGCAUUAGCAAUGGAGGUGACCAACAAGUACGUGACUAUCAAGAGGCACGUCGAGGGUACCCCAAAAGAGUCUGACUUCGAGAUCAAAACUGUUACGCUGUGUCUGUCAAUUGACUCAGGAUGUGGCGAUAUAAUAGUCAAGAACUUGAUGGUGUCCAUUGAUCCUUAUCAGAUUAAUAGAAUGAAGAGUUAUAGCUCCUCCCAUGAAACCAUAAGCUAUGCUAAAGGAAUUGUUCCGGGAGAGGAAAUCGAAGCUUAUGGUGUGGCUAGAGUUCUGGUCUCGGAAAACCCGGAAUUUGAGAAGGGUGACUUGGUUAUAGGGGUGAUUACUUGGGGAGAGUACAGCAAAAUUCCGAGUGGUAGAAUGAUCAGGAAAUUGGAGCCAAUGGGCUUACCUUUGUCUUACCAUGUUGGUUUCUUAGGAUUUAGCGGACUAACAGCCUAUGCCGGCCUUUUUGAGAUAUGCAAGCCCAAGAAAGGGGACAAAGUCUUCGUAUCUGCAGCUUCUGGGUCAGUUGGCAACUUGGUCGGACAAUAUGCGAAGUUGUUUGGGUGCUAUGUUGUUGGUUGUGCAGGAAGCAAUAAAAAGGUGAAACUGCUAAAGGAGAAGCUCGGUUUCGAUGAGGCAUUCAACUACAAGGAAGAAACUGACCUUAAAUCCACUCUGAAAAGGUACUUUCCUGAUGGGAUUGACAUAUAUUUUGACAAUGUGGGGGCUGAGAUGCAAGAAGCUGCAAUAUCAAACAUGAACACUCAUGGAAGAGUUGCUGUCUGCGGAGUGAUAUCUGAAUAUACGGAUUCAGGAAAAAGGGCUGCACCGGAUAUGACUUCCGUCAUAUACAAGAGAAUCAAGAUUCAGGGUUUUCUGGCAGGAGAUUACAUGCAUGUGUAUCCCGAUUUCCUAUCCAAGACCAACGAUUAUCUCAGCGUGGGCAAACUUCAAGUGCUGGAAGAUAUCUCAUAUGGUCUCGAGAGCAUCCCCUGUGCUUUCAUGGGACUGUUUCGCGGUGACAAUAUUGGGAAGAAGUUGGUCCAAAUUGCAGAAGAGUAGAUGAAUCUGCACGAAAGCUUGUUAUUGACGAAUAAGUUACACUUCGAUAUCCGAAGAUCAUGCUGUUGGUGUAGCAUUUUCAGUUUGCUUUGUUUCAUCUGAUAAUGCCAAGAGUUGAAUUGGAACUAUGAUUUUUUUUCAAUUAA